UGUCCGUUCCUUGUGUCUCUUGUUUUUGUUCUUCUUCCUCCUCCUCCUCCUCCUCAGCGGUGGCUUCUUUGCAGCGAUUCAAACCAUGAAGGUCUGAUUCACGCAUUCUCCUCUGAACCGUUGAUGUGGAGAUGUGUCUGCUACUUGAACUCUGCGAAGCAUUUAUGUGGGCUCUGAUCUGAGGGGCUUUUAAUUUGCGGUUUCCGAGGGUUGCAACUCUAAUGAAGUGAUCCUCGGCAGCGGAGGUAACUCUUGGUUUCCCUGUCCUGGGUCGGUCCUCGUGAGAGCCAGUUUCAAGGUAGCGUUUGAUGGUUUUAGCUACUGCACUUGAGGAUACAUUCAAAGUUCUGGAAAUCUUCCGGAUUGACUGACCUUCCUGUCUCAAAGUAAUGAUGAAUUGUCGUUUCUCUUUGCUUAGUUGAGUGGUUCUUGCCAUAAUAUGGGUUAGAACUGUAGUCGUAUAGGCCUAUUCACUGUACAGAACUGUGCACCAACCCUACACAACACAACCGGUGGUCUCAAACACAUUGAGAAGGCGACAGAUUUCACAAAUUAACUUGACAAGACACACCUGUUAAUUGAAACCCCUUCCAGGCGACUAAUUCGUUUCAAUGCAUUUAAUUGAUUUGACCUUGGAGCAAGAACAAGACAGACACCAGCCUGUUGUUGAAACACCACGUACACAAUAAAUAUGCAGACUCACGGUCUGAGACCUUUAUCUAACGGCCCACGGCGGCUGUCGAUUUGGGAACAGCGGUCGUUCCCUAGAAGUGUUAGCUUCACAAGCUAGCAAACAGCUUCACAAGCUAACGUUCGCUAACGUAGACCGGAAACGAAGCCUUACUGCGUCAGAGCGAAGGAAACAUGCUCACAUUGCUACUACACAGCGAAGGACCGCGCGUGUUUAGAGUCCAGACGAGACAUGUCCUUAAAGGAAAGACAGCGGCAUCACACUAACAGCUGAUGAGACAGGUGCCUAAUAGAGACCGGAAGUGAUGUUUUCCACACCGGUUCAGGGGGGCGGGGUCACAGCGCGCGCAGACGUCUGCGCAGGACCGGGGGUUAUUUAAAGGAGCAACAUAUGACGUUUAGUGAAACAGAAUUGAAAAUGGUAUUAAUUAAAUAAAUUGUUUUUUGGGGGGAUUCAUUAAUUUUAUAAAGAAAAAAUAAGAAAAUCAAACUAUUUAUUUGCAAAUAAUUGGACCUUUUUAACAUGUGGUCAGCCAGAACAAUUUGCCUUUCAAUCUCUACUUGAAUAAAAGUAAACCACAAUGGCAAAAUAUAACCACUGGUGAAAUAGAAGUACUUAGUCCAUAGUUUAGUACAUGUCUAAGUACUUCAAUUUUGCCUUAUACUUUUAUUUUACUAUUGUUGGAGACAAUGUUAUGAAUUACAGAUAAGAUAAUUAUAUUAAAAAGAUUUAAAAAAAAGAUUAUAAAAUGGACAUUAUAAAAGUAUGUUAACGCACGUUUUAAUGUUGAUGUGGUGUAAAUUUGUGACGGAUACAGACAAAUAAGUGAGACUUACUGUAACUGGCUCUGUCAUAAUAAUAUACUACGACGUCAAUAAAUAUUUAGUCAUGACAACUGUUGAAGAGGGUUAGGCUGUUAAAAAGGUUUGACUUCCAGACAGCACGCCAAGACUUGUCUGCCCUUGAAAGGAGAGGGCCUGCUUCAGUUAACAUUUACAUAGUACUCUGAUGUACCAACAUACACCUGCAUACCUCAUACCACUCCUUGUUUGAACUUUGGACCAUGUUAGUUCAUAUCUCAAUGCUGUACGGUUCAUUUGUGUCGGGAAAUCUCUUUAGUUUCCAUUUUUGUAUUGUUUUUCACAAAGAACUGUAUAUUGUGCAUUUAUUUGGUUGUUUAAACACACACCCCUUUUUGUUUUGGAACAAUGUUUUCAAGAUUGGAUACGUCUUGUACUGAUGGGUACGGCCCAUCUCGCUUCCCUUUUCCCUAAACACGCCUUCAACCUCUUCUAACCGUACAGCUGCAGCGAUGCUGGACAUUUGACACCCUGCGGAAGGGAACACAAACUGACAUACAGAGCUGCGUCUAACAUCAGAGGACCUCAGUCACACAGCAGCAGCAGCAGAGUUUCCCCAAGGACCCACUGUCCCUUGAAAACCGCGGCGCCAUGAUCGUCUCCAUCACUUGUAUCCUGCUCGGUCUGGGAGGAAAAUGCCUCCUCGACUGGGUUCUGGUGUUUCUCCAGCGGACCCACAUCUGCCAAGGCUUUCUGGGAGUUUUCGCCCUCUCCCUGGCUGUCGUGGACACCGUCCUGACCCUCUUCGUCGCCACCCUGCACGCGCAUGGAUACGUCGCCCUCCCGGGCUUGACUUUGACCAGGUAUCACGCGUGCCUGCUGGUCCAAAUCUUCGGACAAAUCUGCAGUGCUCUGCAGUGGCCCGUUGCGUUCGUGGCCGGGUUGGACCACUUCUCCAUGGUCACUCGGUCACAACCAGUCGCUGGCAGGGCCAGAUCAGUCGUUUGGGUGCUCGUGACCGGCCUGCUGUGGUACCUCGCGGCCGUCUACGUCUUCCUGCUGUCUGACUUCACUCCCGUCAUGGAGGACGUGCCUCACAAUCGGAUAAGCCAGUGCUGGGUUUUCCCCAACACUCAGACCCUGCAGGUGUCGGCGGUGCUCCUCCUGACGCUGGGCUGCGGAGCGUGGCGCGCAGGGCGCGGCGCGCUAUUAUCGAGCGAUGUGCCUGGGAAAGGCCCGAUUACGGACGAGCGCAAAGCUCCCUCCAGGAGAGACGUUGCCCACCAGGCCGUGCACGCAUUUCUGGACACGUGGGCCCCAUUCCUGUUGUUUCUGGCCGUGCUCUUCCUGCUCCCCGUGGGACUACCGGCACACCUGUGCCUGAACACCGGCUGGCUCUGCUUCCUCAACAGCCUCCUGAUAGCGACCGUUUUAUGCGCGGUCUGUCCAGUCUCGUGGAUAACGCAGGGACCGGCGGCGGUGCCUCCGGACAGCUUCUCAGAGUGGAGAUUUCGGUUUGUUUUGAGGACAGAAGGUGAACGGCACCGGGCCAAUACAGAACUCGAGGCUCAUUAGCGUGAGCUGCCUGGACCUGCCUGGUAUGUUGUAGUGGAACAAAUGGACGUAACCCUUGAGCUGCAGUGUCUCACACCGAUAAGAUGACAGUCUCCUGGCUGUAGAGACACAGCCAGUUGGUUUGGAGGCCACCUGUAAGUAUAAGAACUGCUUGGCCGUGUUGUGAGGAAAUAAAGGGAGAAAGACAUAUUUGACUCAGAGCCUUAUUCUUAUUUACCGAUUGUCAGUGCAAAAAUCUUCCACAUCUAUUUGGUGUCAGUGGGAUCGCUUGAGGCCUCUCCUCUUCAGGAUCGACAAAAAAAAAAAAGUGAUUCUGCCCCAAACCUCAUCACUCAGAGAGAGGGGACCGGCGACCAAAGGAGGCCUGAUUGGCUUCAACACGAUCCAACUGAGGAAGAUUUUCACUCAAAUCGGGUAAGAAGUUGAUAUUCUUAUUUCAAACAGGAUGUUCUGAAUUGUAACGGGUGACAAGGUAUGACGUCCUCCCUGGACUUCGUCCCAGAACUCGGGGACAAAUUCUGUUUGUGACCAUUGACCGGGGGGGAAAACAGGAACGAUAUUGUGUUUCGAUAAUAAUAAUCUGAAAACAGAUAUUCGUGCCCUUGACCUGUAUUUAUCAACCAAUAUUUUCGGUUGGGUUUUAACUUGUAUUUUUCCAGGGUAUAAGAAAAUCAAGACUUAUAGUGACGACUAAAUUUUAAGGAGUGAAAGUGUACUCCACUACGCCUGAAAGAUGGGUGGUGUAGAAGUAAAAAGGAAGCGAGUCCUCCAGAGGGACACGUUGUGGAUGUGAUGAGACAGAAAUAUGAAAAUAGAAUGAAUGUGAACGAAAAGAAAACCAAUAGCUGAAGAAUUAUUGUGCGUUACGACCACAGUGUCCCACAAACCAGAUUCAAAGGUUUCUGGACAAGAUGACGGUGUGUGUGUGUGUGUGUGUGUGUUGUUGUUGUUUUUCUACCAUGUGUCCGAGUCCAAGAGAUGCUGGAGGCCUUCUUCUCAUCACAUGUCCGGCAGUACCGCACCGCGCCCCAAAUGCCGAUCCGCAGGAAGAACCACCUCAACCAGGUUCCAGAACACACAACCUGAUUGACGUGAGGCGGGGGGGGCUGCAUGUGAGCGGGAGACUGCAUCCGUGCUGUGACCUCACAUGAUAAGGGACGUGAAACGCGCACACACACACACACACUGCCACCGGCAAUGAAGAAACGCUUUCUGCAUCAACUGCAUGCACACACACUCUCACACACACAUCCGAGGAACUACUAGAGAGCAGAUUAAUUUCUGUAUUGUAAUUUAAACAUCUUGCAGUUCCUAGAAGUCAUUUUUUUAUACUGUACACAUGACAUCCGUGGUGUAAUGCUCAAUCCUGGGAGAAGGUUUUUAGGGCUUUAGGGAGUUUUUGGGAGCAAAGGAUCUCUUGAUGUUCGUGGUUAUGAUCAGACUGUGUUGGAUAUUACAUCGGAAAUGUGCAUAUUAUAUUAAGGCAUAUUGUGUGAUUAUUAUGAAAUCAAACGAGUGAAAGGUGAAAUGGAAAAAAUGUAUAUAACCCUUCAAAAUGUUUCAUGGAACGGAAGUGCUGGGAUGGUGUGAAAAAGAAUUGAGUGUCUCACACCGACAAGAUGCCAGUCUCCUGCCUGUAGACACACAACAAGUUGGUUUGGAGGCCACCUGUUGAUAUAAGAACUGCCUGGCCCUGUUCUGGGAGGUUCUUCGCAGUCUACUGAGCACAGAGCUGUUGUGACCGUAAACAGAGAAAAACGUAUUUGACUCCGAGCCAAUUCUACUAUGGGAACCUGAUUAAUCUGAUUAAAAAGGAAGGAAUUGCAAGAUAUAAUUUGACCGUGAGAGAAAUAAGUAAAUGCAGCAAAAGUUGUUAUUGUUGCAACUAAAUUUUAUUUGUUGAUUCGUUAAUAAAGACAAAAUAAGCAAAUCAAACUAUUUAUUGGCAAAUAAAUUGAUCUUCAGAAUUUUUUUAACAUGUGGUCAGCCAGAACAAUUUCCUUUUAAUCUCUACUUGAAUAAAAGUAAACCACAAUGGCAAAAUAUAACCACUGGUGAAAUAGAAGUACUUAGUCCAUAGUUUAGUACAUGUCUAAGUACUUCAAUUUUGCCUUAUACUUUUAUUUUACUAUUGUUGGAAACAGUGUUAUGAAUUAGAGAUAAGAUAAUUAUAUUAUUAAAAAAAGAUUAAAAUUGACAUUUUAAAAGUACGUUAUCACACAUGUAUCACACAGGCUGUUAAAGGUUUGACUUCCAGACUCGUCUUUCCUCGACAGUUAAUCUUUACAUAGUAUCUGAUGUACCAAAAUACACUCGCAUACCUGUAGAGACACAACAAGUUUGUUUGGAGGCCACCUGUAGGCAUAAGAACUGCCUGGUCCUGUUAUGCGGGAGUCGGUCUUACUGGCAGUCUAUUGAGCACAACCUUUUUUCUCUUGCAAGGAAAUAAACUGAGAAAGACA